UCCCUUCAGGAAGGUAGAGAUGAUGGGAUGGUAGAGGAAUCCCUCUUGAGGGGCAUCUUGAAAAGCCCAGAAAUGGGACCAAGCCGAAGGAAAAAGGAAGAAGAUUGCAUGGCAAUUGGCAUCGCACCAUACAUUCUCAACAAGCAAAGUCAAAGAUAGAGACAGAAUUGUGGUUCAAUGGUCCGGGAAAGGCGUUUAGUGAUUGUGAAUUUAGGAAUCUCAAUGCCAAAAAAAAAAAGGCGUUUCCUUAAUAGUCCCUUUUUGUGCUCGUUAGGAAACUCAAAAGAUAAUACGGCGCAAUAUGCAAAGCAAAGUCAUGAAAGUAAUCGGUUUAAGUACUUAAAUAUUCGUCCGCCAGCAGCAGCGCACUGGCACUGGCACUGGCGCUGGAACUGCAUCCAGAUAUGCACCGCACCACUGUUGCUGCAGCAGUUGGUGCGUAUGAGCCGCAAAUAGCAGCACAAGUUGCUGCAGACAACAGCUUAAUCCCGAGGAGACAGAUGCUGAACGGACUUUACUUUCUUCUUCCACAAAUUUACACCUUUACUUCAACGUUACAAAGGUUUCGAAAAUGUUUAUUUGCUUGAAGCUUCAACGUGAUCUUAGAAGGGAGCCGAAUAUCUGCUGAUCAGACUGAGACCGUCAUGGGCCCAAAAGCGACGUUGCCUUUUCUUGUAAGGCUUGGUUCUUUAAUUCUUUUUGGUGAAUGGUGAUCCCUCCGGAGUCCCCCAGCUAGCUGCAUCAGAUGCCUUUCUUCUUGUCUUCCCACCCUGACGAUGGAUCACCGCAUUGAUGCACGCUUGUUGAUUUGUCUCGCUUUACCCGCCGCUUCACAAAUUGCUAGUUGCUGAACGUCAGUAUAAAUAAAUGAGUGUGCAUCAGAACUUUUAACUGCUCGUGUUCACCCAAUUCAUUAAUUCCUUUGGUAGUGAGUAGUGUCAAGCAUGCAGGGCAGGCUGACACUCGAAUAGUACUCCCGACCAGAAUACGCAGUGCUUACUAUACUGCUCCUUCCUUCCUUCCUUCCUAGCAUCCUACUCCUACCGCCCCGCCUGAUUCAUUUUUAUUUCAGGUAAAGACCAAAAUGUCUACCCAACAGCAGCCUCGGCCAUGGUUCCGUUUGGCUAACAUAAUGCGCCCAGCACCUCCACCUGCACCUGCACCUGCACCACCACCGCCUCUUGCACGUCCCCCUGCUCCAACACCUUCACUGCAAGCCCCACCUCCUAUUGCACCCUUCAGGCCCCCUGUAGCUCUGCCUCGGCCUCUGCCACCUGCUCCACCGAAUUUGCCUGUUGCUUCACCCCCUUCUGUAACCCCUACAACCCCAAGCUCCCCUCAGAUCUCCACUACUAGAGCACCUCCACCAUCGCCACGACCACCGCCAACACCUCCGGCUCCAAGCCCCUCCCCCACGCCUCCAAAAUCCCCUACCCCCUCCAUAACUAGGUCGCCUGUUGCACCCCCUCCUAAACCUGGAUCUUCGUCGCCACCAGCAUCUCCAAUAAUCAAAACUGCAUCAGCGGAAACGUCUUCGGCUGCACGUCCAGUUGUAUCCUCUCCAUCUUUAUCAGCAUCCCCAAAAACUAAACCCCCAUCACCGCCCUCUUCAACAAUAGCAUUGCCAGCCUCUCCUGCUCCAAAAACAUUGCUCUAUUCAGGCCCUCCCACUGCAGCACCAGCACCAGUCCCUCCACCACCUUCUCCAGUUGCAGCCACCGCCGCAAGACCUCGUGCUGCACCCAGCCCGAGGGUGAAAAGCAGUACACCUCCUCCUAAUCACGCUCAAUCCACCAUUGUGAAACCUUCUCCAUCUCCAUUAACACUGCCUCCGCCGCAACUCAGUCAUGAUUAUGAUCUGGAACCAAUACCCCCAGAAGCUGUGCAGAAAACAGUGCUAACGCAAGAUGAUACCAAUCAUGAAAAGGCGCCAAAGAUCGAUCCCACGAAGUCGUCGUCCUCCCCCUCCUCCGGGGGGAAAGAGAGACAAGUUAAGAAAGACAAAGGAGCAAUGACGACUUACAAGGAUAAAAAGAAUCAUAAUAAUAAAUCAGCUGUUUCUUCACCAGAGCUUGGUAUGAGAGUCGUAACACUUGCAGGUGACAACAAAGGAGCUGUUAUGGAAUUGAGCCCAGGAGCUUCCCGCAAGAAGUACGAUUCUGGGCAACAUUUCUGGGGUAAAAAUGGCCAGAAAUUGGGAAGCCAUGAGAAGGAGGAGGAGGACGGCAGGCAUUCUGAUGACGGUGGGAUAAAGAAUGGAAGAGGCGAAAUGGGAAGGAGCAAAUUAGUGGCAGCUCCACAGCCCCCAGUGGACGCCUUUGUGAACAGUAACGUCCAGGGAGUCAACAAUUCCAUUGUCUACAACUGCACCUACGGCAACCGUGAUCCUGGAGUCCAUCUCUCGGUAUCUAGGAAGGGCAAUGGCCACCACCACCAGCAGGACGCCGGCCAUUAUAAUGUUCAUCGUGACUAGUCUAGGCACAGUGCCUGAAUGAUCAAGGGAGCAUAGGAAGUUAUGCGUAUUUAUAUUUGGUUGCAUGAUUCGUGGUAUUUUAUUUAAAUCUUAAAGCGGCUGGGGCCUGGCUCGCUAAUAAUUGUUGCACUUUUCUGCAACCUCUUCCGGUCUGUCAUAAUGUUGUACUUGAAAACUUUGAGCGUGCAUCUUCUUGAUUCCAUUAUCAACGAAUAAUUUCAUCUCCCCGUUUUACUUGCU